ACAUGCAUUCUGUGUCAAACUAUAAGCGAGAACUCAAACUAGUGCGAGCCGAAAUCACAGCAGGUUCGAAAAACUCUAAUACAAUAAACUUCGAAUCACUUAAACGUAUAUAAAACAUUACAUAAGAAGAAAAUGGCAAAGGACCUGAAGACUAGAAAACCAAAAUCCAAUCACCGUAACCAAAAUAUGCAUGCCGAUGAGCUCCAAGUGCUCUUGCAGGCCUGCAUCGACGUUGGCGUUGAAGAAGUUUUGCGACAGGGUGGCCGUACCGAGCCACUCUUCUACGAUGUACAACAGCGAAUGUCGCACUAUGGAGAUUUUCCUGAACGGAAGCUGUACAGAUUGCGGAAAUACUACCUUAAAACAAAGCGCGAUUUUUGCAGUGGAAUGCUAAAUCCAUACCCACCGGAAGCGAGGCAACUGUGGGGCUCGACGAAACAUGAUGCUGAUGCUUCCGAUAACGAUGAACGUUGGGCCGAUUAUGUGCGACGCACCCUGCAACGCAAACAAAGCCAUUCGUAUGUAUCGAAGGCGGAAUCGCGAGAGAUUAUCAGCCAAGCCUUGCAGCGAAAUUUGGAGAAUCUUCCAAAAAACAAGCAAGAGUAUGCCUUCAAGGAGAUUCUUUCAGAAUUGACAACCAAGAAAAUGUUUCUUAACCGGAAUGUUGAAAUGUUGAAGCGAGCCUACUUAAGACUGCAGAAGCAGUUUCAGAAAGGAAGCGCUCAUGAGCUUCUUCCAGAGGCUGCCCAGCUGUGGCUGAGUAAGACCAGCAUUAACACAGAAAUGCCUCAUUCAAAAGAGAAGAAUGGAUCACUUACUCAAAUCACACAGGAUAUCCGUCAAGAUGAACCAAAAUCAGUAGAAAAGAUUGACUCAGUGUGCAGAAUCUGCCAAGCGCGGCUGCUUGAAACUUGUAAAGAUCUUUUGCAAGACACGUACAACAGCCAAACCUACGGAGAAAUCAUUCAAGAAACUAUUCAGGUACAGAUUCCUUGCGAUGAGCACACGAGCAGUAAAAUUUGCUUAUAUUGUUCCAAAUUCGUGGAAAAUAUGGUGCUCUUCAUUCAGCAAUGUCGGGAGGCCAGCAUCCAUACAAUUCCAAUGAAAUUUGAUGAAUUUUAUCUAGAAGAAGAGGACGUCACAAUUGAGCCUAAUCAAACAAAACUUGAUAUCGAGUAUUUGGAUGAACCUAUUGGUUACGGAUCAGAUAAAAGUUUCUCGCCUGUACGAAGCGCAUCUCCUGUAGCCGAACUCCGUAAGCCAGAAUCGGUGAAUGAGGAGAAUGUAGAGGAAACCAUUACAGAUGAGCAGAAAUACAAUGAGUAUGUAAAAAGUCUACCUGCCAGGAACAGGAAAAGACAGUGCCAUGUGUGCGGUAAAUCUGUGCGUGAUUUAGCUCAACAUAUGACAACCCACGGUACGGCCGAGCUGCAGUGCGAAUUUUGUCCCAGGAAGUUUCUCAAUAAACGUCAGCUUAAAAUUCACAUGAAUAUGCACACAAAGAAGACAGUCUACUCCUGCCGGAUAUGCGAGCGUAUAUACUACAACUGGACCACCCGGAAAAAUCACGAGCUGACACACAAGGUGAAAUUUAAUUGCGAUGAAUGUGAUGCCGUCUACGCGUACGCAAGCCAACUCCGGCAGCAUAUCAAGCAUAAACACAAAGGAAUUCGUCGACUUUCAUGCUCGUAUUGUUCGUUCACGACGUUUAUUAAAACCCGUUUGCUGAACCAUGUGCGAAGUAUUCACACCAGCGAACGACCGUAUCGGUGUACCUUCUGCGAGAGUACAUCAAACAGUUCCACUGGGUAUUACAUCCACUUCCAGCGCCAUAAAAAGAGCGGCGAAGCAACGGAAUACUCGAUCCUUUGUGCCUACUGUGGACAGCAAUUCAGCAAGGAUGCGGCCCUAGAGGUGCACAUCUGCGAGGAACAUCAGGAUGUGGCUGUUAUAAUUUGAACAGGUAUAUGCUAGUGUAAUAUACUGCGAUCGUCUAUUUGGAGGUUGAUAACUGUUAAAAUGAA